CGGGACUCCCCGCUUUUCGCUUUCCUUCUGCUCGAGCCGAGUUUCACUCCGCUCCGCCGGAGAGUUUCAGCAAGACGGAGAUCGAUAAAGCAAAGAAUAUCAUGCAAGUUUCUACAUUUUGUUUGAAUUAUUCGUAGAUUUCGUGAAGACGGGAAGUAGGAUUUUUAAUUUUUAAUUAGUAUGCUUAAAGUCAAAUUUUAGCCUGUUUUCUGAGAGGAUUAAGACGACUAUUUUUCUUAGACUCUUAAAGGGAAUCAGUCGCUGUACUGCGUGACUUGUGAAGAAAUAGACGUUUCUUCACUCGAUCAAAACUUACGUGCAUUAAUACGAGCAUUGCUUCACUAUGACUAUAAACGGAAAAUGCUUCUGCAAAGACGUGUUUCUUUCCAAAAAUUACGGUUCGUAUCUAAAAGCAGGCGAUCUUUUUCGGGUUUUCAACCUGGUUGGUUAUUCUGAAGAGAGAGAAGGAAAACAUGUUAUUUUCUACAUUGCGUCUAGUUAAAGUCCAGCUUAGUUUAUUAGAAGAUCUCGAAUAAAUCUACAGUAAACCUAAUUUACAAUAAUAUUAAAAGCGGUAAGUGUUGGACAUAUGGUUCUGAUGUUUAAAGCGAUUGUGUAAUGGUGUUGAAAUUAGACAAAGUGUCCACGCGUUUCAAGGUAUACCCUCAGUAUAAAUUCUCAGAUAACACUACAAAUUAUGAAUAUUGUACACAUUUUAAAAUACGCCUAUAUAUAUUUGGAAUCAAAGUCGCAAAUGUAAAUUGAGAUCACAAAAUUGAUCUUCGGACACAGACCGCGGAGAGAGCGUCUUCCAUACAGGAGCUGUUGGAUUUGGAAACCGAAAGUAAAGAGCUGAAAAGAAAAUUCCGAGCGGCAGCUCUCCCGUUUUCACUUUUCACACCUAGCGCAGAAUCGCCUUUAUUAGCGGGACCGACGGGCGAGCAAGAUGGAUCACAACAGCAAACCGAGCAUCUCUCCGAGAACAAGCAGACACUCUCCUCGCUCCUGCUGCACUCUUUUAUUUAAACCGCUUCGAGCUCAGUUCCUCCGCACGACCGGACAAUCCCGACGAUGGAGACGACAAGCCUGUGGAAAUGCCUGUUUCUCCUGCUCUGCAGCCAGACCUGCGCUCUGGGAUGCAGGUGGAUCGCGAACGGAUAUAAUAUCGUGAGCAGAGACGCCUUAUCGCUCAUCAAUAAGAUGGGCGGAGAGAUUGUGGUGGACACCGGAGAUGUUCGCUUUCCACAGCCGCUGUACAAUCGAGCCAGGAAGAUGAGCAUGGAACAUAAAAUUGCGUUCGUGAAUGAGAACUUCCGUCACCUUCUGCACCUCUACGCCGGGAAUCUGGACUCGGUGACCUGGGACAGGAGUCUUCUGAACGAGUUCACAGAAGUCCUCCACCGUCAGGCUCGCGAGAUGCGGAGCUGUGCUGGAACCAAGCAAGCGCCGAAGAAACAACAUAAGAAACUACAGGCGUACUUUAAGAAGCUGGAAAAAAGCAUUUUGAAAAAGACGAAAUACAGCGCUGAUGCUUGGGAGAUUGUCAGGCAUCACGUCAUCAGACAUUUGCAAGAACUGAACCGACUCGCCAACCUGAUGAGGAAAGAAAUGCAGAAACUGUAAACGUUUCCACGGCUUCACAUCUCCAUCAUAUGCAGAAGCGUUUUAUUACGGCUGCCGUUGUAGCCAGCCUUAUAUUUAUUUAACAGUGAAAGACCAAACA